GAAUAUUACGCAUGCGCACUUAUAUGUAGUCAAGGAAACUAAGAAAAUUGUAACAAAUUUCGUUUAAUUAGACGACAGAAAAGCGGGACGACGACCAGCGCUGCAAAGCAAAGAAGACUCUGAGCACUGCUGCUCACAGGAAUGGACUUCGAGCUACACCCUAUUCUGGAGAAUGACGUGUCCCCGAGGCCCGGGCUCUGGUAUGCAGUUGCGUGUGAGAAAGGCUGCCCAGCAGCGAGGGUUGGCUCCGCGGCCGUACGGACCAGAGAGGUGGGCUGCGCACUACUUUGCGCAGGAGCCUCGCCCGAGGAAACUUUCUCCGAUCUCCACAGACUAAAAAUUGACUCCGGUAUGCGCUAUAAUUACACUCGCAUAAUCGCAUGCGCUAAAUAUAUGUAUUUGAUCACCACAGGUUCGAUUUCGUGGGAGAAGCUACCUUCGACCCUCCUCCCUCCUCGAUAUGAGCACACACUGGUACUAGGUCCUGGUGGAGAUGAAGUCUUUGUUUUUGCUGGAGCUCAGGAAAAUGGUCCACUAUCAGACAUGUGGACUUGUAGUGCAGAUGGUGGUGAAUGGAGGAAGAUUUUUGUGACUGGUGAGGUCCCUGAUGCCAGAACACACCACUCCUCCACAUGUGUCUGGCAGGACAAGAUGGUCGUCUUCAGUGGUGGUGACUGCGGUACUAAGACACUGGACAACUCCGUUUAUCUGUUUGAUAUGGUAAGCCACACCUGGGUUAAACCUGAAACAGACGGGCCCACUGCCAUCACCUAGACAAGGUCACAUACUAGCAGUGGUACAAGACACUCUCUAUGUCCACGGAGGAAUGACUUCUGAUGGCGAAAUUCUGUCCAGCCUCUAUACCUUACACCUAGAGCAGUUAAAGUGGUCCCAGCCUACACUAAACGGUGCUACACCAUCGCCUGCUCUUGCAGCCCACGGCUGUGCAGUUAUAGGAAGCCAGAUCUACACAUUUGGAGGACUUACUUCUAGCGGUGCAUGCAGCAUCCUCUACUGCUUUGACACAGCGAGUACGAUAUGGAACGAGGUGAAAAUUGAAGGAGCUGCCCCGCCUGCAAGACUAGACCACGCCAUGGCAACUAUCACACUUGAUCUCCGUCACAGCCCCUCCCUCCCACCCUCACACUACACCUCGUCACAAUACUCACAAAACUCACAUCUCACGUCUUCUACUUUGUCAUCGAAACCUCAACUUGUUACCGUUCUUUCACCUCAUGUUGAGGACGAUGCAAUAAAAAAUGCUCAAACGAUCGAAAAAUCUACCGAUUCAGGAGCUAAUGAUGACAUUUCGGAACAAAAUGAGAGAGCAGUCCCUGAAGAUGGCGAACAAGAAAAUGAUGACUUAACUACAGAAAAACGGAUGGCUGUGACUGAAAAUUGUGUUAGAGGUGAUGGAGGAAAAGUUGAAGUUACAAAAUAUGUCUCAGAUGAGGCCAAGGAGAAAGGAGAGAGUGAAUUUUCGGCAUGCAAUGAAAAUCUUCUUUCGUGUCCAAAUGGAGGAGUGGAAGGAGAGGUGAAGGGAGAGGAAGAUGAAACUGGUGGAGAGUUGGUGGUUGGACUGCUCGUGUUUGGAGGGAUGGACACCAGCGGUCACGUACACAACGACUGCUUUGUUGUCGUGCCACCUAAUUAUUGCUAGCUUUGUUUCCUAUGUUUUGUGCGCAUGCGUGUUUUUGUGUCGCCUAUGUAAAAACACGAACGCGAUAAAAGCAGCGCGUGGGUGAUAGAAGGAACUUUGAUGCUCUCGCUGGCAGUCUAUUAUAUGAAGGCUGAAGACUUCUCUGCACGUUGUGUACGCUUCGCAGUAGAAUUGGUUGGCUGACAAAGAUGCUAGCGAUGAUUGGCUCAAGAUUAUCUCAGAGGUUUGGCAGAGUCAGCUACCUGAUGGCCAUCUUUCUUCUGCUUCUUGGAAAACAAACCAAAAUUGCCAACUCUCUCUAUGUUGAUCCCGAGAGCAUUGCUGAGCCCGAAGGUGACGAACAGGUCCACUUUUUCUGUCAGGAGAACCAGGGCGGCUCGCAGGCGACCGGAAUAACGUGGAGAGGGCCAAAUGGAGACCUGUACACCCCGGGGGAGCCAUCGGGAGACGAGAGAAUCAACGUGGAAGGUUACAGGCUCACGUUGUAUGACGUGGUACGUGAGGAUUCCGGGACCUACGAAUGUUUCAGGGGCUCCACGGAAUCAGCCACCGGACAACUUUUGGUUUACGCUCCGCCCACAAUACUGAACCCGAUGCCGAUACAAGAAAUCUACUUUAACAUGACAUCACUCCUACUCUGCGAAAUUGACGGGGGCAACCCCCCAGCCAACGUCCAUUGGAUUCACAUAACUUACAACGCUACAACAGGGGCUCAGAUAAUAGAUGAGAUAACGGCAGAAUGGAGCCCAAGGUUUACGAUUGUCGAGAACGGUCUCCAGAUUGCGGAUGUCCGUGCGUCUGACGAAGGAGUGUACCGCUGCUACGUACAGAACAAUAGAGGGCAGGAGAUACUCGACAUCCGUGCCUCUUUCAUAGAGGGUCCACAGUUUGUCAAGGACGAUGUGGAAUUGAACAUUAUUCUCGCGUUUGGAGAGGCAGCAUCUCUAGACUGUACUGCCGUUGGUGCACCAGCUCCCAACAUUACCUGGAGCGUCCCUCUCAACUCUCAACUGAGUCACAGCGAAGCUCUGAGCGGUUCUGUAUUGGACGUCCGAUUGUCCGAUGGGGCAGAUGCGGGGCAGUACAAGUGCACUGCACAGAACGAAGCUGGACAAGUUACGAGGAUAUUUACUCUGAAACUUGCAAUUGCUCCUGAACCGGCGGUGGAAAAUCUAAAUAUUAUUAUGAUGAUUGAACUCGAGAAACAGAUGAAAAUAAACUGCAGUGUCACGGCCUUACCCGAACCCGAUUUUAAGUGGCUUGUUGGCUCCACCCCCCUCCCCGCCUCCACCUGGACGUCAAUAUACGGCGAUGUAAUGGGAAUAUCGACAUUGGUGUUUGAAUUCGAAAAGGAGCACAUGGACGCAGACUGCAAAAUAAGGCUAACCUGUAUGGCUAGCAACGCUUACGGAAAAAGUGAGCAGCAUUAUACUCUGACUCCAACUGGAAAUAUUGACUGUUCGGAAAAUGCGAGGAGAACCACUUCAUCCACCCCAAAUCCGUCUCCUAAUAUUUUAACUAAUGACCAGGAGUCCCCCGCCGGGAUUGAGGAUUCGAAUUCCGGCCUCGACGACGGCGAAAUAAACGACACCACUUUCAAGAUCAUCGUGGCUUCGUUCACCGUCGCGGCAACGGUGAUUGUGAUGGGUGUGGUCAUUCUAAUGGUCUACUUCCUGAGACACUUUUGCUCCAGGAAAAAGUAUUCAGGACAGCUGAAGUCAGUCAAUCCCGACAUCUGCCAACAUUCUAACAAAAAUCUUCACCCCAGCAGCAGCAACCCCCACGUUAUUGCCAACGACGGCCGAGCAUUUUCGACGACAUCAUCAUUACAUCACAGCCAAGGCUGCACGGUGGAGACAAGAGGUAUUGAGUUCACGGCCAACAGAGCUGGAAUGCGCCACGAAUCUGUCGAUUCCGGCGUUUCAAUGAGCAAUCAUCACCCCUGCCAAUCACGGCAAAUGAGCAACCACAACGAAACGGCCCCUCCAAUGUUGGUUCGUCACACACCGAGCACAAGUAGCACAGAUGCAGACAGCGAAGGAAUAUACCAUCGACUCGACCACAAGCUACCCUCCGUCUCUUCCUUUGGCAGCUGCUCUCUCUCCUCUACCUCCAAAGUCCGUCUGCUGAGUGUCUCUUCCACUACAGAUUCCAAUUCUGUUUUCUUGACUUCUCAAGUGUCGACUUCGAGUGACUUUGAAGAUAGCGGCGGGAGUGCUUCCAGUUACAGACACUCGCAAAAGAGACACGUUUUAGCUCGACAGAAUUCGCAUCCAACAAGCAUCGAGCACUCUACGGCUAGUGUUAGGAGGGAUUCAGACACCGAUUCAGUCGGGAUGAUAUUUAAUCCUUCGUACGAAUCGCACAAAUUGAAAAUUUCCACCAGCGCUGACGAACCUCCUCAUGUGUAUGAAAAGGUUGCGUAAUUGUUGAACUUGAGAACACUGGACAUUGAUUUUGUAUGCAUCACAUCAUAUCCACAACUAUACGAUGAUGCUUCUUGAUUUUCCUUGUAUAAUAUUUGCAUUUCACCCACGCACCCUUCUUUUGUAUUACAGUUCCACCGUGAGUGUAUCUUGCACACCCCCAACUCUCUCU